GGCACGCCGUCGGCAGUGGCUGGUCGGUCGAUACGUCAGUGGGAGGCGCGCGGCCGGUCGGAGCACACCUCUCGCGCCAGUCGCUGCCGCCUGCUCCAGCAGUCGCGCCAGACGUCCGAGGUCACAGCAGCCAGACCGCCUGGGCUCUGUUUAAUCUGUGGCGUUGUUUAUCGGGAAUUGUCUGGCGCACAGAGCUGACCUCUGUGGCCCAGUGUUACGCGCGUGGUGUGAUCAGUGAGAGAAGCUAGUGUCUAACUCGGUGCAGCCAUGAACGGAGAUCGUCCCGAGGGCACCAACGGCCGCCACAAGAGCGGUGAUGCCACCAACGGCCACCACAAGAGCGGCGACGCCACCAACGGCCGUCACAAGAGCGUCGACGGCGAGGACGGCGAGCAGGAGGUGAUGGGCCCGCUGGUGCGGCGGCGCAGCUCGCUGGCGCACGCCAAGUGCAUGUUCCACAACGACCUGGAGCUGGACCACCGUCCGACGGCCAAGGACAAGCUGGUGGGCAGGAUGGCCGACAGCUACCGGGACCUGCUCACCUCGCUCGGUGAGGACGUCAACCGCGACGGCCUGCUCAAGACGCCCGAGCGGGCCGCCAAGGCGCUGCUCUACUUCACCAAGGGCUACGACCAGACCAUCCAGGAGGUGCUCAACGAGGCCGUCUUCAACGAGGAGCACGACGAGAUGGUGAUCGUCAAGGAGAUCGAGAUGUUCUCCAUGUGCGAGCACCACCUGGUGCCGUUCAUGGGCAAGGUGUCGGUGGCCUACCUGCCACGCGGCCUGGUGCUCGGCCUCAGCAAGGUGGCGCGUAUCGUGGAAAUCUACAGCCGCCGCCUGCAGGUCCAGGAGCGGCUCACCAAGCAGAUCGCGCACGCGCUCAUCGAGGCCAUCAACCCGAGCGGCGUGGCCGUCACCAUCGAGGCCACGCACAUGUGCAUGGUGAUGCGCGGCGUGCAGAAGAUUAACGCCAAAACGGUGACCAGCUGCAUGCUGGGCGUGUUCCGCGACGACCCCAAGACGCGCGAGGAGUACCUGGCACUGAUGCGAUAGGCGCCGGCCGGGGAGACGGUCAGAGAGGACGUGGCGGCGGAAGUCGGGGGGAGGGCAGUGGAAGAUGAAGUGGGAGGAGAGGGAUCGGGCGAUAGUGGAUCGCACACCGCUUGAGGGUGGAGAAGGUGAUCCUGAAGAUUAACAAAGGAAGAUAUUUGUUAUUCAAAGGCGUAAGGAAAUAAUAAGAUCUUAAGCUAUGAAAGAAUACGUCAGAAAUAUAACCAAACUUUGAACACAAACCUGAACUUCGGUACCUACCUAGCACAUUAUUCUGUGUAAUAUGAAAGAACCAAGAAAGAACCGUGAGAUACAAGAACAUUUCCCAGGACCUUCUUGAAUUAAAAUGUGAAAGAGGCUGGGAAGGAAGGCAAGUGUGACAGUGAAGAGACUGUCGGUGUUGGGAAGGCACUGUUCAUUCACGAACAGAUUUCUCUCGGCUGUCUCCCUGGCCCGCUAUGUUUGUCAAACCUUUUUGUUGGCUUGACGGCGUGUGGAUGGAUUAGCGUUCAUAGCAGGUAAUUGAUAUGCAAAUAUUUCCAUUUAUCACCAACUUUUGAUCUUAUUUAUUUUACGUUAACUUGAUGUCAUUGGUCGGGUCAGAAUAUCCGGAUAUGAUUCUCUUUUCCAGCGUCCGUCGAUGUAUUUUCCGAGUCAACGAAAAUCUGACUGUGUCGUCAGAUCGAGUCCCAUGACCAAUGGGGUCAAAACACUCUGAAGUGAGUGGUUACCUGACCAGGGAUGACUGCGGAUGGUCAAAGCUGGCCAGCCCCCCCCCCCCCCCCCAACGUGCGUUACCGUCAUAUAUGCAGUGUGCUGUGUCGGGCUGGAGGCCCGCAUUUGUUUGUGCUUUGUUAGGGUGGCGGGUGAUAUUUAAGCAGUGAGCUCUUAUAGUGCAAUCCAAUUUUUGGAUCUCCUACGGUGACCGUACCUAUGCAGUGUUCUCCGCAGAUGUGUUAAUAUUCUAGUCCUUUACGUCUCUGGUACCCUUUUCCCGGUUUUUUAACAUUUUAGAUGUUUCUUCUGUUCUUUUCGCCAAACAUGGUUUUUACUCGCUGACGCGUAAAGCCCCGUUUCACAAUGGGCCCCGCCGUUGAUUGAUGUAAGUGGUGUGUCGUCUCUCGUUGUGCUGCGCUCCGCCGUCGCUGUUGCUGCCGCUGCUGUGGAGAGACCAGCACAGGACCACCUGCGGAGCGGCGGGGGCGGCGGCCCAUGUGCCAAAUGUAACCGUCUGUGACGAGCCGGGACCAAGUAACUGUAUCGGGACCAACUGCGCGCGCUGUCGUGUGUCGAUGUGUGUGUCUGUCGGCGCCGUGAGCGCUGCCGACGGCACGCUGUUGUGAUCUGUAGUAGUCGGACCGGCCAAACGCGGUCGGCCGGCCCCAGUCGGUGUCGCAAAGCUCUCUGAGAAAUAAACCACCCAAAGGUG